AUGGCACAGGCGCAAUGGCAGGGGACACCCUAUGUCAAAGGCUCCAGCGAGUCUAUGCGAAUGCUGCUGCUGACAUUCAGCUUGAUUGGCUUGCAGUAUANNUUCACCUGGGGCACUGAGAUGACCUAUUGUACUCCAUAUCUAUUGCAACUCGGUCUUACCAAGAGCAAGCUCUCGCUUGUUUGGAUAGCUGGACCCUUAUCAGGACUGAUCAUGCAACCGAUUGUAGGCAUCAUGGCCGAUAAGAGCACCUCCAAAUGGGGUCGACGACGACCAGUCAUGGUCGGUGGUACUGUCAUCGUGAGCAUCUGUCUACUGAUUCUGGGCUGGACCAAGGAGAUUGUCGCUGCAUUCGUCGAAGAAGGAGAGCUGGUUGNNAGGCGUGAAGCGACCAUCUUUCUGGCCGUUCUGUCGAUCUAUGCUCUUGACUUUGCUAUCAACGCUGUACAAUCGUCAUGUCGCAGUCUGAUUGUAGACACUCUACCCAUUCCAAAGCAGCAAUUGGGCUCUGCCUGGGAAGGCGAGAAGGACGACGGCUUGGUCGCAGUACUGAUGCAGAUCGUCAAGACCACCAGGAACUUGCCCAAGCGUAUUCAGAUGANUCUGCUGGAUUCAAUUCUGGUCGUGGAUUGCACUACUUGGGUAGGAGAAAUCUACCUCAGAUACGAUGCGCCCCCUGAGGUCAAACAAUCCAAGGAUCCGCUGUCUGACAUCGGCCGAGUUGGAAGUAUGUCAUUGAUUGUGUUCUCCAUUGUCACGUUCAUUGGCUCAAUAACGCUUCCCUGGAUGGUCAAGUCUCCUGAAGAUGAGAAGCCCGACUUUACUCCCAGACCUCCUGCAAGUAUCGCACCGAUUGUAAAGACGGUCGUGGAGCGCAAGCCCAGCUUGUUGACCGCCUGGACGGUAGCACACCUCAUAUUCGCAGGAUCUAUGGUCUUCGCUCCCUCGGAGGCUAGGAACGCUGAGAAGCCUGAUGAUUCUGCUACUGGCGAGCUUGCUGGUAUCUAUCUCGGCAUUCUUAACCUCUACACGACGCUACCUCAAUUUAUUGCUACGGGUAUAUCCAUGGUAGUAUUCACAGUGCUCGAGCCUGGCAAGAGCCCAGAGCUGGCAAAGGACGCCCACCCUGAUGAGCAUCACAGUACGGAGGGUUUCAACGGCAUAGCA